CCUACAACUCACCUCCCACAUGCUGCCUACCUUAACUGACAGGAUAUAUGACACCAAAGUACAGUAAUACAUUCGCCUCUGCAGAGCACAAGGCAAAGGAAAUUACAACCAAAAUCGAAUAAUCAGACAAAUGGAUUCCAGCCCGUCUUUCAAUCAGCCUCCAGGGGCCUGCAAUUCAUCUGAGAAAUCAGCGAUGUGGCAGCCAGCAGCACCUCCACCAGCAUACCAGGACAAUCCUGUUGGAUAUCCUCACUCCUUUCCAAGCCACCCAGAACCCCAAGGCCCCUACGCCCAGGGGCUGUAUCCAGGACAGUCCGUGGUCACUGUGCAGCCUGCAGUUUUUGUGACCGCCGCUCCAUUGGCCAAUCCAGUGGCAGAUUACUUGGGCUACUCCAUCUUCACCAUGCUGUGCUGCUGCUUACCUCUGGGCAUUGCUGCGCUAGUUUUCUCCUUGUCUACUCGAAAUGCCAACUACUCAGGACAACGAGAAUUAGCAGAGAGCAACUCCAAAACGGCACGCACCCUGAAUCAUGUCGCUCUUACAAUUGGUCUCAUUUUGAUUGUAUUGUAUAUUAUCUUUAAUGUUGUGAUGUUUAAAAAUGUACAACAGUAUCCAUAACUGUUACACCUAUCAUGGUUGGACGCAGAUUAUACAAACAUUUUCAAUGUUUAAAAUGUUAUUUGCUUAAUGUGUCAAUAUUCACACAGUUAAAACAUGCUGUGAAGGCGGAUUAUUGGAUGUUUAACACAAUAAAAGCUUGACCAACUAAAAAACA